AUGCUAAAAGAAGUCCACCACAAAUUCCUAAUCUCCGGUCAUACUCACUUGGAAGCAGACUCGAUUCAUGCUUCAAUAGAAAAAGCUAAAAAGCACACAACAAUGGAUAUAGAAAUACCCAGAGACUGGUCCACUCUGGUUCGCAGCAUUCAGCGAAAAGGAGGAAUUAAAGUCAUUGACAUGUCUCAGGAUGAUUUUUACAAUAUAAGCGCUCUUCAGAAAGCGUAUUUUGUGAAUAGAAAGAAAAACGCGGACGGAGAGCAAAUGUCUUUUUUGAAAGCAAACUAUUUCCUCUACACGAAGGAAAACCCUGGAAAAAUUUUCUACAAGGAAGGCUUAUUGGCAAAAGAAGAUUUCAAAGUCUGGGAUAUAACAAAGAAGAAAAAAGGACAGCCAGAUGAGACACAACUCGUUUUGGAAAGGCUACAUAAUUCGUACCCGUUGCCUCUUCCAAAAACGACAUUAAUACGUUAA